CAGACUCUUAGCAGCAAAGAGGCAAGUGGAGCAUUUGCAAAAAGAAUCUCUCUCUCCCUCUCUGCCAGAAACAACAUCAGCUUCAAAUAUGACUCGCAGCAUCUCCUCUGUCUGUGUAUUGGUAUUCCUGAUCUACUGGUGCUCCAAAGCUGCCUAUGGAGACAUGAACAUAGCUGUGGACUGCUGUCUGGAUGUCAGCAAUGCCAAAAUCCCCAUGAAGAUAGUGAAGACCUACCAAAAACAAAGCAAUAGAAAUGGCUGCAAAAUUGAAGCUAUGGUGUUCAUUACCAAGAGAAAUGUGAAGCUGUGUGCUCCCCAUAACGAGGCCUGGGUGAAAGAGCUGACAGAGAAAGUUGACAAGAGGAAUAAGGGAUGUAAGGGAUUUCAUUUCAAGAAGCCCUGGUGUCAUAACCUGAGCUAAGGAAGCUUGUGGUUCCACACUUUCACGCGUGAACAGUGGCAGGAGCAGCAAAAAGCUCCAACGAUAAUCUGAGCUUUUGGUUACAGUAGGGAAAAGAAAAUGUGAAAAUAUGGCCAUUGUUAAUGCACUGUGUUGUUCAUUUAUUGUUUUGCAGAGUUUUGUUUUUUAUAUCCUUUAAUACAAGGUGACUGAUAAGCCUGGGAUGUGUUCCCCUGGUUACUUCCUAUGGUUCUUGUGAAAUGUGAUGUUUUUAUUGAUAAUAAACAAAAUGUGAUGUCUAUAGACUGUACUGUCUGAGGUUAUGAGUGCAAGGAU